AGUCAGGCUAUCCCGACCACCCGCCCUGUCAUCAACGAUGUGGCCCUCAUGCCUCAAGAUUAUUCUACAACACCAGGAGGGACACUCUUCAGUAUGACCCCUGGAGGCACCCGAAUCAUCUACGACAGGAAGUUCCUCCUGGAGUGUCGAGCUUCCCCUCUGGCGCGCACCACUCCCUGUCUCCCUGAUAUCCUUGGGGUAACCAGCCCCCUCUCAGACAACACAACCACAGCCCACCUUAAACAGACCCCCAACAACCUCAUUCCACCAGCAGACAAGAGUGCAGGGAAGGAUGCUCAAUUUCAAACGGACAUUUAG